AUGGACGUCAACCAGGUGCUUGAGGGGACGCUGUCUCCAGACGCCACGAUCCGUACCAAUGCCGAGCAGCAGCUCACCCAGGCCGCUGAGGCCGACUUCUCCGGCUACCUCACCACCCUCGCUACAGAACUCGCCAACGAGCAGGCGCAACCGCACAUCCGGACCGCCGCCGCCCUAGCCCUCAAGAACGCCUUCUCCGCGCGCGAGUACACCAGGUUACGGGAGGUCCAGGCACGGUGGGUGGGCCAGCCUGAGGCGAUCAGGACCCAGGUGAAGAACCUUGCUCUGCAGACCCUGGCCUCCAGCGAUGGCCGUGCAGGAGGCUCCGCCGCACAGUUCAUCGCCGCCAUCGCCGCCAUCGAGAUCCCCCAGAACAUGUGGCCGGAGUUGAUGCCCGCCCUGGUGGACAAUGUGGGCAAGGGCGCGGAUCACCAGAAGCAGGCAUCGCUGACGACGAUCGGCUUUAUCUGCGACACCGAUGAGAGCGAGCUCCGCGAAAGCCUUGCACACCACUCCAAUGCUAUUCUCACCGCCGUCGUUCAGGGUGCACGGAAGGAGGAAACCAACCCCGAUGUGCGAAAUGCCGCCAUUUCUGCACUCAGCGACUCCCUCGAAUUCGUGCGCACCAACUUCGAGAACGAGGGUGAGCGGAACUACAUUAUGCAGGUCAUCUGCGAAGCCACCCAGGCCGAGGACACCCGUAUCCAGCAGGGCGCAUACGGCUGCUUGAACAGGAUCAUGGGCCUGUACUACGACAAGAUGAGCUUCUACAUGGAGAAGGCCCUGUUCGGCCUUACCAUCCAGGGCAUGAAGAGCGACGAGGAGGAUGUUGCUAAGCUCGCCAUUGAGUUCUGGUGCACCGUUUGCGAGGAGGAAAUUUCAAUUGAGGAUGACAACGCUCAGGUGAGAAGCAAUUGCUCGACUGUCACGCUAGUGUAUAAGAAGACUAACUCCGAGGAAAAGGCCAACGCAGAGGGCUCAACCGAGCUCCGCGAGUACUUCAACUUCGCUCGUGUUGCAACCCAGGAGGUCGUCCCUGUUCUUCUCGAGCUCCUGUCCAAGCAGGAUGAAGAUGCCGACGAUAACGAGUACAACGUCUCCCGUGCCUCCUACCAGUGUCUCCAGCUCUGGGCGCAGACCGUCGGUAGCGCAGUUGUGCCGCAUGUUCUUACUUUUGUUGAGAAGAACUUGCGUGCAGAGGACUGGCACUUCCGUGACGCUGCUGUCUCCGCUUUCGGUGCUAUCAUGGAGGGCCCCGAGGAGAAGAUGCUGGACCCUCUGGUCAAGCAGGCUCUGCCGGUCCUGAUCGGCAUGAUGGAGGACCCUAUCAUUCACGUCAGGGACUCAACUGCCUACGCCUUGGGCCGUAUUUGCGAAACUUGCGCCGAGUCGAUCGAUGCCGCUACCCACCUCCAACCCCUCAUUUCCUCCCUCUUCGCCGGUCUUGCAAGCCACCCCAAGAUGGCUUCUUCCUGCUGCUGGGCGCUCAUGAACCUUGCAGACCGCUUCGCCGGUGCACCUGGCUGCCAGACUAAUGCUCUGUCUGCUCACUUCCAGGCUAGCGUAACGCACCUUCUGCAGGUCACCGAGAGGGCCGAUGCCGACAACCAGCUGCGCACUGCCGCGUACGAGGUCCUGAACUCAUUUGUCAUGAACUCUGCCAACGACAGCCUUGGUAUGGUCGGCCACCUGUCCAACGUCAUCCUGGAGCGCCUGGAGAAGACUGUUCCCAUGCAACAACAAGUUGUCAGCAUUGAGGAUAAGAUGACCCUUGAAGAGAUGCAAACCAGCUUGACCAGCGUCGUCAUGGCAAUCGUCCAGAGACUCGAGGUUGAGAUCAAGCCCCAGGCUGAUCGCAUCAUGCAGGUUCUCCUGCAGCUGCUUUCGACUACCGGUGGCAAGUCCAGUGUGCCCGACGCUGUUCUAGCCGCCAUCGGCUCGCUCGCCAAUGCCCUGGAGGAGGACUUCCUGAAGUACAUGGAGGCCUUCUCGCCCUACCUGUACAACGCCCUUGGUAACCAGGAGGAGCCCGCCAUCUGCUCUAUGGCUAUCGGUCUUGUUAGCGACAUUACUCGUUCUCUCAACGAGAAGGUUCAGCCUUACUGCGAUGCCUUUAUGAACUACCUCCUUAACAACCUGAGGAGCCCUACUCUUGGCAACCAGUUCAAGCCUGCUAUCCUGCAGUGCUUCGGCGAUAUCGCUCACGCCAUCGGCGGCCACUUCGAGACUUACCUUUCGGUUGUUGCUCAGGUCUUGAUCCAGGCUUCGCAGGUCAACUUUAAUCAGGACACCUCGUUCGAGAUGCUCGACUACGUUGUUUCGCUCCGUGAGGGCAUCAUGGAUGCUUGGGACGGUGCUAUCAUGUCCAUGAAACUUGGUGGCAAGCAGAGCCUUCUUGUGCCCUACGUUGAGCCCAUCUUCGCUCUCCUUCACACUGUUCACACUGAUGCCAACCGCACUGAGGCAUUGAUGCGUUCUUCUAUGGGUGUCAUUGGUGACCUUGCUGACACCUUCCCGAAUGGCGAAUUUGCCGAGCUGUUCCGUUCUGAGUGGAUCAUGGCUAUGGCCAGGGAGACCAAGGCCAACAAGGACUUCUCGCCGCGCACAAUCGACACUGCCCGCUGGGCCCGCGAGCAGAUCAAGCGUCAAAUCGGCGGCGCUUCCGGUCAGAUGGCUUGA